AUGCCGUCUUGUGAAAUUGGACUCAUUGGAUUGGCCGUUAUGGGCCAAAACCUCGCAUUGAAUAUCGCACAACAUGGAUUCAAGAUUUCUGUGUAUAACCGAACAGCGUCGAAGGUGGACGACACUCUCACUAGGGCAAAGAACGAAGGCAACUUACCAGUUGAAGGACACAAAGACCUUCCAUCGUUUAUCGAUUCAAUUGCGAAACCUCGAAAAAUUAUUCUUCUUGUUAAAGCGGGUCCUGCUGUCGAUAAAAUUCUGGAUGACGUUGUUCCUCUUCUUGCAAAAGGCGAUAUGGUCAUUGAUGGAGGAAACGAGUGGUUUGAAAGCACGGAAGCGCGAACAACGAAGAUGGAGGCAUUAGGGUUCAAAUAUUUGGGAAUGGGAGUGAGUGGUGGUGAAGAUGGAGCUCGUUAUGGACCCGCUUUGAUGCCUGGCGGUUCUCCUGAUGCUUAUGAAGCGUUGAAGCCAAUUGUUGAGAAAAUCGCAGCACAGGUUGAGGAGGGUCCAUGUGUUUCGUAUAUUGGCCCUGGUGGAUCUGGAAAUUACGUUAAAAUGGUUCAUAAUGGAAUUGAGUAUGGCGAUAUGGAAUUAAUAGCAGAAGCUUAUGAUUUGUUGAAGCGUCUUGGAGGAUUGACGAACGACGAUCUCAACGAGGUUUUCAAGCGAUGGAAUCAAGGGGAACUUCAAUCUUUCUUGAUUGAGAUAACAGCUGAUAUUUUCACCCAAGUGGAUGAAUAUGAUAAUCAUCAUCGUCUUAUUGAUAAAAUUCUGGAUGUCGCGGGAUCGAAAGGAACAGGAAUGUGGACAGUUCAAGAAGCCGCGCGACGUGGAGUCCCAAUUCCGACAAUCCAAUCUGCGUUGGACAUGCGAUAUAUCUCAGUAUUCAAGAAACUUCGAGUUGACGCUUCUCGGGUCUUCCCUAAACGACCGUUGGCGACUCAAGAUAAAGAGCGUCUAAUCAAGGACGUGCAGGACGCGCUGUAUUGUUCGAAGAUUUGCUCCUAUGCGCAAGGAAUGAUUCUCCUUCGCGUCGCUUCUGAUGAGCAAAAAUGGAAUCUCAAUCUCGCUGAAAUUGCUCGUGGAUGGAAAGGCGGUUGUAUCAUUAGAGCGAAAUUUCUCGAUCGGAUUCGAUCAGCAUUCACCAAAAACAAAGAACUUCAAUCGCUGCUGCUGGACGAAAGUUUCGCUGAAGAAAUCAAGGAAAGAGAAGCAGGUUGGCGACGCGUCGUUAGCAUGGCGCAGCAGCAAGGGAUCCCUGUUGCCGCACUCUCAGCGAGUCUUUCCUAUUUUGAUGCCGCUUCAUCAGAUCACCUGCCUCUGAAUCUCGUUCAAGCUCAACGGGACUAUUUUGGAGCGCACACGUAUAAACGCAUCGAUCGCACUGAUGGACCGCACCAUACAAUCUGGGCUCGAACAACAGAGCUUUGA